AUGCACAUAAAAUGGACGGUGUUCGUUAUAUUAUUGAUUUGCUGUAUCAUCGCCACUAUAGAGUACACUAAACGAAAGUUGAAACUCGAUUAUACAGAAUCCAACGUAAUUAGCAAGUUGAAAACAAAACGUGAUACUGAGAACAUUCGCCGUUUUAGAAGAGACAACGUGGGUCAGGAUGAUACUGUAAAAGAGCCUGAUGGGGACGAAACAGAAGAGAAGACGACAGAGAUUAUAACAGAGGCUACAACAGAGGCUACAACAGAGGCUACAACAGAGGCUACAACAGAGAUUAAUCCCGCGGAGUUGCCUCCAUUUACCGAGAAGGAGGAUACUGUCAAUCCACCGAACCCACCAGAUGACGUAACCCCUUCGAACGAAAAUCCGACAGAGAACCCGGAUGAUGUAUUGAACCCAACGGAAGCCGAUACGACAGCGGCGACGACGGGUGAGCCAGACCCAUUGCUGCCCAACAGCAACGAAGAUGUGUUAAACACAACGUUGGCAGAUGAUUUUGAAUCAAAUAACGACACUAACACGACGACGACAACAACGACCACGACAACAACCACAACAACCACAACUACGACAACAGAAAGGACGAAACCGGCGUGGAUGACCACUGCGAAGACGAAGACCUCAAGCACGGCCGCCCCGUAUGAGAGAGGCUCGCCCCCGGUCACCGAUCCCUUCGAGAAAGACAUUUCGCGGUGCUCGCACUACGCCCACUGUAAGUCACAAGUGAGGGUGUGGGAUUAA